AUGUGGAGCAGUGUACAGUGAAGCGGAGGCAGAGCGGCUCCGCGAGCUCCUCUCUCUCCACUUUCCCAUAGAGAACCCCUGACUGGCCGCUGAGGGCGAGCCACACACACGCCCUCGCGCCCGGCGAGCCCGCGAGGCAGCGCCGCCCGAGAGGGGCACGGGAGCCGCGGCGCGGGCAGGAGCAGUCCGAGGAAAACAACAACAGAGCCCUCACGCCGGCGGGCGGCUCUUGGCCGCCUGGGGAGCCCCAAACUUCAUCUCGGCGAAAGUCACUAUCAUAUGACAAAGGCUUUGCAGCAGUUCAUCUUCCUCCCUGUGUACUUUCCAUUUGCCUUCCUGGAUAUAUGCCUCCCAAAUGGAAAAGUUGGUGAAAUAACGUGUGGGACAGUCACAGUAAUGAAAGGCAGUAAUAGAAAUAAAGAUCAUUCAGCAGAAGGAGAAGGGGCUGGAAAACGACCAAAACGAAAGUGUCUUCAGUGGCAUCCAUUGCUAGCAAAGAAACUUCUUGACUUUUCAGAAGAGGAAGAAGAGGAAGACGAAGAGGAGGAUAUUGAUAAGGUUCACCUUCUUGGGGCCGAUGGUCUAGAGCAAGAUGUUGGUGAAACUGAAGAUGAUGAAUCACCAGAACAGCGAGCCCGGAGACCAAUGAAUGCAUUUCUCUUAUUUUGCAAACGUCAUCGCUCCCUUGUACGUCAGGAACACCCCAGGCUUGAUAACCGAGGUGCUACCAAGAUACUAGCUGAUUGGUGGGCUGUUCUCGAUCCAAAGGAAAAGCAGAAAUACACAGACAUGGCCAAGGAGUAUAAAGAUGCAUUUAUGAAAGCAAAUCCUGGCUACAAAUGGUGUCCUACCACAAACAAGCCUGUGAAAUCCCCAACAUCCACUGUCAAUCCACGAAAGAAACUAUGGGCCUUCCCAUCUGACUCUUCAAGAGACUUGCCAAGCCCCAAGAAAGCAAAGACUGAAGAAAUGCCUCAGCUUAACUUUGGGAUGGCUGAUCCUACUCAAAUGGGAGGCCUGAGCAUGCUGCUUUUAGCUGGAGAACAUGCUCUUGGUACACCAGAGAUAUCCUCUGGCACUUGCAGGCCUGAUGUUUCAGAAUCCUCUGAAUUGCGUCAGAAGUCACCAUUAUUUCAGUUUGCCGAGAUAUCUUCAGGUACCUCCCACCCUGAUGUUCCUUCAAAACAAUGUCAAGCAUCAGCCUUGUUUCAGUUUGCAGAGAUUUCUUCGAACACUUCACAGUUGGGCGGUGCUGAACCUGUAAAACGUUGUGGAAAGUCUGCACUCUUUCAACUGGCAGAGAUGUGCCUGGCAUCAGAGGGGGUGAAAAUGGAAGAAUCAAAGCUAAUAAAAGCAAAAGAAUCAGAUGGCGGAAGAAUUAAAGAAUUGGAGAAGGGAAAGGAAGAAAGAGAAAUAAAAAUGGAGAAAAUAGAUGAAGCCAGGUUACAGAAAGAAGCAGAAUUUGAAAAAUCAGCUAAGGAAAAUGUAAGAGAUUCUAAGGAAUUAAGAAAUUUUGAGGAGCUGCGAAUGGAUGAUAUAAUGGGUAUAAAAAUGGAAGCUCCCAAAGAAAUUAAAAAGGAAGAAUUAGAGGAAGAUCAAAAAUGUAGUCACUUCCCUGAUUUUUCUUACUCUGCCAGUAGCAAGAUAAUAAUAAGCGAUGUUCCCAGUAGAAAGGAUCACAUGUGCCAUCCUCAUGGAGUUAUGAUCAUUGAGGAUCCCACAGCAUUAAGCAAACCAGAAAAGCUAAAAAAGAAAAAGAAGAAAAACAAAAUGGAUCGACAUGGAAAUGAUAAAUCCACACCCAAGAAGACUUGCAAAAAGAGGCAGUCCUCGGAAUCUGAUAUCGAGAGUGUCAUGUACACCAUUGAAGCUGUUGCAAAGGGAGACUGGGGCAUCGAGAAGCUUGGAGAAACCCCUCGCAAGAAGGUCCGCACAUCCUCAAGUGGCAAGGGAAGCAUUUUGGAUGCCAAGCCACCAAAGAAGAAAGUGAAAUCAAGAGAGAAGAAAAUGUCAAAGGAGAAAUCCUCAGACACCACCAAAGAGUCAAGACCUCAAGAUUUUAUAAGUAUUUCUGCGAGCAAGAACAUUUCUGGUGAGGUACCAGAGGGUAUAAAAGCAGAACCAUUGACCCCUACAGAGGAUGCAUUACCACCCAACCUUUCGGGACAGGCCAAGCCUGAGGACAGUGACUGUCACAGAAAAAUAGAGACUUGUGGCUCCCGGAAAUCCGAGAGGUCUUGCAAAGGUGCUCUUUAUAAAACCCUGGUGUCUGAGGGUAUGCUCACCUCUCUGCGAGCUAAUGUUGACAGAGGGAAACGAAGCUCAGGAAAAGGAAACUCCUCUGAUCACGAAGGGUGUUGGAAUGAAGAAAGCUGGACAUUUAACCAGAGUGGGACCAGUGGAAGCAAGAAGUUCAAGAAGACAAAGCCAAAGGAAGACUCUCUCCUUGGCUCAGCAAAGCUGGAUGAAGAAUUUGAAAAGAAAUUCAACAGCCUCCCUCAGUAUAGUCCUGUUACAUUUGACCGGAAAUGUGUACCUGUCCCAAGAAAAAAGAAGAAGACUGGAAAUAUGUCCUCAGAACCGACUAAAACCAGCAAAGGUCCUUUCCAGUCUCAGAAAAAGAACUUAUUCCACAAAAUUGUCAGCAAAUAUAAGCACAAAAAGGAGAAGCCUAAUGUUCCGGAAAAAGGAAGUGGGGAUAAAUGGUCAAACAAGCAACUCUUCUUGGAUGCCAUUCACCCUACAGAAGCCAUAUUUUCAGAAGACAAAAACACCACAGAGCCUGCUUAUAAGGUUAAAAAUGCCCCAUCCAUUCCCAACACUCCAGAGCCAACAACAACGCAAGAACCCUUGGUGGGCAGUCAAAAGAGAAAAGCAAGGAAAACCAAGAUCACACACCUUGUCAGGACAGCAGAUGGCCGGGUAUCGCCAGCAGGAGGUACUUUGGAUGACAAACCAAAGGAACAACUGCAGAGGAGUCUUGCUAAGGUGACCGAGACAGGCUGCAGUGACGAAUGCUCACACAACCGGGAGGCCACGGAGACGCGGAGCAGCACCCCGGAGAUGCCAGCCGUGUCUGCGUUCUUCAGCCUCGCUGCACUGGCCGAAGUGGCCGCCAUGGAAAAUGUGCAUAGAGGUCAGAGAUCAACUCCACUCACCCAUGAUGGACAGCCAAAAGAAAUGCCACAGGCUCCUGUACUUAUUUCUUGCGCUGACCAGUGAGGCGCCCUUUAAUUGUAAAACAUUGUGCUUUACCUACUACCCUAGCCUUGUCUUUACUGAGAGAUGCUAGUGAGUCCAUGUGGUGGAAAAUAUAGACUGCAAACAAGUGCUUGUUGCCCUACACGGCCCAGAUUCACUUGAAGCAGAAGUUGGCACCCUGGGCCAGUUUGUUCUUUCAGAACCCAGAGUCUUUGAGGGUGAUGUUAUCUGUCUGAUAAUGAGCAGAAACGGGAUGAUCCUAGAGCUUUGCUUUCUAUUGAAGGCUUUUGAUGGUAAUAGGUGGUAACUUGGUAAAAGGCUGCCUUUACUGUAGCUCAUCCAGCAUCUCUUUUACCAACCAGAGAGUGUGAAACUAGUUUCGUAUAUUACCUAGUUAUUCUUUCAAAACAAA